AUUACUCUUUCCCUUUCCUUUUCCGCCUCGACGACCUCCUCUAGAAUCGAUGGCUUCCAGCAAGAAGCAGAAGAAAAAAAUGCAUCGACCCCAUAAUCGGAAGCUCAUGAUUCGCGAUUUACCAGUUGGUGCAGCCUAUCUUCUGCACCCGUCACUUCGUGGAAUUUUGUUAAGCCGUCCAAAACGAUGGAACAGUGGAAGCCCUUCCCAUCGAAUUGCAGUGAAUCUAGUUCGAAAAUACAAGAAGCAGCUGAAACCAAGAGUUCUUCCAUUUUUCUGUGAUCACUGUAGACUUGCUUCUCGUACGCUAUUGCACAUUAAAGAACAUGUUUGUGACAAGGAAGAAAAAAGAAAAGCUGCGAGGAAGGAAGAAUCGAGAAAAUUUGCAGAUUAUGACGUUACGAAUGAAAUAAAACUGGCUACAAAUUCGGAAAAGCAAUGGAGAUUCAACGCUAUGGCUGUGUUAGAACAAACAUUAAGACCCAAUAAAGUUGCACCGAAAAAAGUUGAAAUAGAAGAAGAUCCUGGAAUAGAUCAAUUACUAGACUCUGAGCCAGACCAAGAAUUUUACGACGCUCAAGAACAAGAAUUUGAAGAUGAUACUCCACAUUAUCCGAUUAAAGAUGUUUUAGUUCCAUCAAGUCAGCCACCUCGUCCAAAAGUGACUUUGAAAUCUUCUGAAUGUCUCGGUCACAAUGAUGCUGGAGUGUUCUGUUUCAAUUGUAAAGGAUCUUUUGACAGCUACAAUCAGUUUCAGCUACACCUCAAUGAAGAUUAUAACGAUGGGAAAUGCAACAGAGCACUUCCGGAAUAUUAUUAUGUACAGAGACACGAUAGAACUCACAUGUUCGAUAAAAGAUACAAACACAGUGUACAGCAUCACAAGCCAAUCAAGAGAGAUAUCAGUCAUAUUCAAUGUACACUGUGUAAAGCCGUCAACUUUGCGUCAACAGGAGAUCUUUAUGCACAUAUGGUUAAAUGUGCAUCGUCUACAACUAAUGAAGACAAAGAAUCUGCAAUUGAUUGUCCAACAGCAUUUGGUUAUGGAAUGCCUCCUUCAUUUAAUGCAUGUCAGUAUGUAUUCCCUGAUCCAGCAAAAGAACGGUAUUCUCGAAAUUCUCGUGGUUCUAAGGAACCAGUAGAGUCAUAGCUACGACUCUUUAUUUUAUCCGUCAGUUCCUUUAUCCAAAUCAUUCUUCCUGUAAUUUAGUUUCAUGUUUUAUAUUGAUUUUUAUUCAAUCGCUUCUUCCUACACCAUGUUCCUCAUUCAUCUUCUAUCCACUUUCUCCUAUUGAGGACUGCCACCGCUAGAAGCGACAAAAGCCAUACUUUGAUCUCACAACAGAACUACCUGAACUUUAAAUUCAAGUUCUUGUAGUUCAACUGUCAGUAAUUCUUAUGCUCAUUCACAAAGCCAUUACCCAUAACAUUUUUUAAAUGUAUAAUUUUUUAUUGUAUCUAGACCGAAAUUUUUUCAAUGAGUACCAGUCAGAAAUUUUAUCAAGAUAUAAUCUUCAAUAUUUUCUGACAGUAUUCCAUGUUCAUCUAGCAUACAAUUUCAAACGUUGUGAUUCGAUUUCCCGAGGACUUUCUCAUUUCCCGCCUUCUUUCCAUUUGCCUUCAUGAUUUUAGUUUUUGAAAAUUAGAGCCGCUCAAUUUUAUCCAUCGACUGGCUCGAUCUCGGUUAUGUUCUACAAAUUUACUUGUUUUAUGCACUUCAAUAAAUCUUUUUUAUU